UGAGUUAUUUACCAAGUUCCGCUAUUGAACCUCUUGUUUACAUCGCCUUAGAAGAUGUCAAAAUUCCUUUAUAUUAUACUAUGAUCAUCGAGUGUCAAUGAAAUAGACAUUCUGCAGACGUUCUGCACGUGCCCGGGUCUGUGUUCGUUGUAUGUACGACAAAUUUAUGUGAUAAAAUUUCGCAGUUUUUGUACAAGUAACAACGACCUUUUGAAAAUACCGGUAUUUAGGCUCGCAAAAUGAUGUUUACCAUCCGCGAUUAAAUGUGAUUCAUUUCGACCACUGAACGAAGACCAAUGAAAGUUGAACGUGACUUUGCAAAACGCUUAUAAUGUGAAUGAUUUUAUCAUUAUCACUUGCUGGCGUUUGUGGUAAUGCUGUGGUCUACCUACUAUUAAACUGAUAAUAAUUCAUAUCUUGUUACUGUCAUUCAUACCUAAUUCUAUAUAAUUGGUUUACUACAAUAGCAGACGUUUUUACAAUUAUUGUUUUGCUGAGUGGUAAAGGUACUGUCAUCACGUAGUCUGUAAAAAUAGGCUCUUCAUCUCUUAAAUUCUGUAAAUUAUAAUAAAAUUUAUAACUAUCUCAAAUGCUAUUUGUAUUGAAAUCCUUUCAUAGGACUAAGACGUUCGCUAAAUUCUGCAUAAAGAUAAAUAUGUCAACUGCUACAGAAGAUAUUUAUUUACAAGCAGCCAAAUUUUUGGUACCAAGUUUAAAAGUAAAUAAGCAUAAAGGACAAAAUGGAAGGAUUGGAAUCAUUGGAGGUUCUGUAGAGUAUACUGGUGCUCCAUUCUAUGCAGGAAUGAGUGCACUUAGAACAGGUGCUGAUUUGGCCUACGUAUUUUGCUGCAGAGAAGCAGCUACCGCUAUCAAGUCUUAUAGCCCAGAAUUGAUUGUUCAACCUUACUUGGACCUCGAGUGUCCUUUCGAAUUGAUUGAACCAUGGUUGGAUCGCUUGCAUGUGGUUCUGAUUGGUCCUGGUUUAGGCAGAGAUUCACAAAUUUUAAACGGGCCUGUAACUUCAAUAAUAAACUAUUGUAAAAUUAAAUCAAAACCUUUGAUCAUAGAUGCUGAUGGCUUAUAUUUAGUUAGUGAGAAUCCUGAAUUGCUAUCAAAUUGCUCUAAAGUUAUUCUUACUCCAAAUGUUAUGGAGUUCAGUAGAUUAGUAAAAAAAUUCUUGAACAAAACUAUCGAUCUAAGUGCAGAUAUUAAAGAUGAUCAAGUCAAGGAACUUGCUGAUAAAAUUGGUCCAAAUGCUAUAGUACUUCUUAAGGGAAAAUCUGAUAUUAUCUCUUCAAAUGCAGUAAGCAUUCAUUGCUCUGUGUCAGGGUCAGGUCGACGCUGUGGUGGACAAGGUGAUUUGCUAUCUGGAUCUUUAUCUGUAUUAACUUGGUGGGCUCAGCAGAACAAUGCUUCCUUGUCAAAGUUUUUAGGAGAAAAUAAUCUGACAACAUUAAAUGCAGAUAUGCUCGCUUGCUAUGCAGCAUCAAGACUUAUUCGUGAAACCAAUGCUUUUACUUUUACAGAGAAUCACCGUGGAAUGCUAGCAAGCGAUAUGCUCAAUUGUUUAUCAAAUAACUUUUAUAAAAUUUUAGAAGUAGAUUAAGAAAUUUGAUAAUAUCAUCAUGACAGGGAUUAUGUAUAUUUACAUAAAUAUUGCAAGAAAUAAGAUUGACCAAAUUUAUUUUUAA